AUGCCGCGGAUUCUUGGCGACUUGCAGCCCGCCCCUACUGCCGAGAACCAGCGCCUCGUUCCCGGGAAGUGCGCUGCUUUCCUGCCAGCGACCGACAGCGGGCUGGAGCCGCUGAGCCAGCGCGGUGCGGAGCUCUGCCAGCCCGCGACGAGGCCCUUCGGUGGCUUGGAGGCCCUGGGAUCGCCCUUGCAAGGCAGAUGCGUUACGAAGGUUCGCGGCGACCACGCCGCCGUGCUUGCGGAGGGGCCAGCGGGCGCUCGGGCGGAAGACGCCCGCGCCUUGCGCGCCGCCUUGCUGGACAUGGCCCGCUGCUGCCCCGACCCACGGGCGCGCCGUGCUGCGUGCACGCUGCUAGCGAAGAGCGCUGCGAGAAGGCUGGGUUACGAUAUGCGAUUGUGCCCACCCAGGGCGCCACUAUCAGCCUCGCAGCGAGCUUCGGGCGCAGUGCAAAUGGUCAUGGGGGCUCGCGCUGGACAGCAGCUCGGUCAUGACUGCGCGGCCGUCGCCUCGGUGCACACCUUCCUCGGGGGCUUCGGGAUGAGGCCCAUGGAUCUGGUGCGCGCGCAGGCGGCAUUCUGGAAGAGCCGCGUCUCAUGCAAGGCGGCCGUUCUGACGGUCUCGGCAGGCUUGGGACGCCCUCUCGCUACCCGCCCGGAUGCGCCGGCAGCGGGCCGCGCGCGGGGCGACCUCGAAUCCGCCGGCAUCUGCGUGCGUUUGGGCCGCGUCGCCAUCACGGACGAGGCGCGGCUCGAAUAUGAGGCGGGCCCGCGGGCCGCCGAUUUCCCCGCCGGAGCUGCCUUCCAUUUCUACGCCUCUGUGUCACUGCUGGCCGCCAGCCAGGGCCCAGAGGCCGAGGGGCGCGCCCGCGGCGGCCGGUGGCGGGCCGGGCUCGGGCGCCUUCUGGAGCGGUUUCACGCGGGAGGCGAGGCAGUGCUGAGCGAUUCUGCGUUCGACGUCACGUUCCGGCACCGUCUGCUCGAUUUGCUGGGCGCCCCGACAACGCGCGCCUCCGAGCCCUCCCGGCGCGCGGCCUCUGGCGAGGAGGGCCAGCAAGGCGCGCGCGGGCGCCCCCUGAACGUCGCCGGCUACCGCGCGUUGCGUUGCCCAGUCGGGCCGCAUCGCAGCCGGCUUCGCAAUGAGGUCGCGCAGGCCCUCGCCGAGUGGAUCUCUUCCCGCGGCGGGCAUGUCGACAUCGAGCGCUGCGUGCCCGAGUUGCGCCGCAGGCGCGACGGCGGCGUCAUAGAGGAGGCGCGGCUGGACCUGGUCGUCAGCUGGCCGGGCGCCCCGGCACGGGAGCGGGUCGACUUCGCGGUCCGCUCGGCCGCGGAGCCCGUGGGCGCGGCGGCGCAGCAGUUCAUCGCGGCGAGCGCGGCUGCGGCCCGCCGCGUGGCGACGCUGCCCAGCGAGCCGGGCGGGCAGCAGGGUGCCGACUAUGCACGACAGAUCGCCUCGCGGGUGUCCCUCGCGCUCGUGGCGCGCCUCGCCGACCUGCUGCCGGCGGCGGUGCCAGGAGCCACGGCGACGGGCGGCGGCAGAGGGAGGUCGAAGAUCCCCGAGGCCCUGCGCGGGCCCCCGGCCAUGCAGGCCCUCAACGGGCGGCAGGUCCAGGGGAAGUGCGUGAUGAUCCGCUUCGCGCGCAGCGCCCCGGGGGUGCGGCCACCUGGUCCCCUCCCGCGCCACGGCGCGCCGGAGUUGAUACCGCAGACGGCGGGGAUGGCCAAGCUCAUCAGCCAGAAGUUCAAGCCGGCCGACGGUAACUCCGAGAGUCCGCGAUUGGGUCUCCUGAUGGAGUCGUUCCUGGCUGCGCUUGGGGAACCACCUUUGUCAGCCCACGAGUAUCCUCGCCCCUCGCGCUUCCCAGCCACCCUGGCCAAAUCCAUGAUCCUUGGCAGGCUGGCGCACAAGGAGCUGGCGCAGGUCGUCGCCGCGAAGCGGUUCGACGACGCCGCCAAGGAGCGCGAGCGCUGCCAGGCUGAGCUGCAGCGUGCGCUCUCCUCCAGGGCCAAGCUGGAGGGCAGCUGCAGGGAGCUGCAGCAGCAAAAGUCCAGCAUCUCGAGGGAGAACCAGCGCAUCGCGGAGGAGGAGCAGAGCCGGCACAGCGAGCUGAAGGAGAAGUUUCAGCAGGCCAUCAAGGACGUGCAGGAGAAGAUGGACGCGGAGCUGGAGGUCCGCCAGCACUUCCUGCGGGAGAAUGAGGACCUCCGAGGCAAGCUUCUCAAGUUCACCGAGACGUACGAGGCCCAGGAGCGCCACGUGGCUGAGCAGCGCGAGGCGCGCACGCGCGAGAUGGAGGUCGCGCAACAGCAGCUGCGCGAACACGAAACGAUGUGCGCCCAGUCGAAGGUGAAAACGGCUUCGCUAGAGAAGCACAACGAGGUUUUGCGAAAGUCGAAGGCCGUGCUUUGGGACGAGCUGCAGGGCAUGAUCAGCAAGUUCGACGAGUUCCAGGAGGCCGUCGCCGCCUCGUCGCAGCGCCACGGCGAGUGCAAGACGGAGGUCGAUGGCUUGCAGUCCCGGCUACAGGACCUGGAGAAGGAGAACUCCAGCCUGCGGGCCGGCAAGGACCUGGAGCAGCUGACGCAGGAGCAGCAGGUUGCACAGAAGCAGCGCGACGCGCUGGAGAGGCUGUGCGACAACCUGCAGAAGGAGAACAAGAAACUCCAGGAGCAGCUCCUGCAGAUGCCGGGGGCGAAGCCUCGGGGCUGAGUCGCGGCCGCGCCCGCACGCGCGCCUCGCCAGCUGGCCUGCCCGCCGCGGCGAGAGCGCGCCGCCGCUCGGCGACAGGGAGGGUUGCCCCCCUCGCCAGGGUGCCAGUUUGGGGGGGUCGCCCUCCCCAGGACGCAGCGCAGCGGAGGGCACCCGCGACACAGGGCACCCCUCCGUGGAGCUGACGCCGCGAGGACAAAGGGUCCCGAGGAAGGUGGCGCUGGGCCCUGUGUCCUCCCAGACGCUUUGUCACUACCGUGGGGGCGCGCAUCAAGAAACCAUC